CUUACAUGUGAGAAGGAAGCAGCUGGUUCUCUGGAUUAAGAGAACCUGUAAACGUGAAGAGCUGAGUGUCUGUUACUCUGCAGUACACAAGCCGAGUCAGUGAGUCAGAGUGAUUAUUUGAAAUCUGUCCUGUAAUUAUUGAUCACAUCACUGAUUGGUUUUAAUGAGUGUGAGGUAGCGCGGCUGUGUGAAGUGAUCAGAGGAGCGGUGUAAUUGUAAUUAGUCUAAUCAGAGCGGAAUAAUCGGAAUAAAUCAGAUUGAAGCUCCGAGUCUGUUUGUUUCACUGAAUAAAAUUAAUCUGAAUCGAAUCCGCUGUUUGUGAAUCGGGUGAAACGGUCAGAAGUGAAUCAUUUGUGAUUCAGAUGUGACGCAGGUGUUCGCGCGUGUGCCGGUGAGUUGGGGGCGGGGCCUCGGAGCUGCAGUACCCAAUAGGAGCGUGGUAAACAGACCUCCAGCCCAUCGCGUGCCUCAGGGCGCUCCCCUAUUGGCUAGGGGCGGGACCUCCUGCCUACUCUGCGCUCUGAUUGGUUGUCCGGCUGCCUUUCCACGCUCUUCUGAUGACGGUGCUGAGCGCUGAUUGGUCAGACACGAGGCAGUGUGCGGCGCGAAGGGCUGCGCAUGCGCGUCACCCUGCAUCACUGAAAGCAGCGAAUCCGCACAGAGAGUUUAAUUCUGAGACUAACAGUGAGUGACAGCGGAGACUGAGACUGAUACCGGAUCAAUACUGAGACUGAUUCCGGGCUUCAGGCAGAAGGUGGAUUGAGCUGCAGGUGUGGGCACUGAAGGACAGGAGUGACCGUUAGAUCAGAUUCCGAUCUCUGAGCUGCAGAAUGAAACUCAACAAACACAAACCAGCCCAACACACAGAGAUGGAGUUCGGAGGAGCUCUGGGUGCGGCGUGUAUACCUGUGUUCCUCCCUCUGACGGUUCUGUACCUGCUGAGCGUGUGUCGGACUCCAGGUGGCGCUCUGUUGCAGUGGCCCCCUCCUCUCCCCCACUCCACUUUUCUGUGGGACCCGGUCGCUGCUGCCAUUAUGGUCGGCUGGAUCAGCCUGCAGAGUGCCCUCUACCUGCUGCCCAUGGGAAAGGUGUCCGAGGGGCUGGUUCUGAGAGACGGAUCCAAACUGAAAUAUCCGAUCAACGGGUUCCACGCGCUGUGCAUGACAGCGGUUCUGCUGGCUGUGUGUGUGUGUUUGGGGAUGCCGCUCGGUUACCUGUUUGAUCUGGUGCUGCCGUUAGCGGUGUGCGCGAUCGGCGUGUCGUACCUGCUGGCGCUGUACCUGUAUAUCCGUUCUUUCUGGGCUCCUGCACACCAGCUUGCACUCGGAGGGAACACAGGAAAUCCUCUGUAUGAUUUCUUUAUUGGUCGGGAGUUGAACCCUCGAAUCGGCUCGUUUGAUCUGAAGUUCUUCUGUGAGCUGAGACCGGGCUUAAUCGGCUGGGUGGUGCUAAACGCAGCGAUGCUGAUGAAGGAGGUGGAACUCAGAGGGUCUUCAUCUCUGGCCAUGCUGCUGGUUAACGGCUUCCAGCUGUUGUAUGUGACGGACGCUCUUUGGAACGAGGAGGCCGUGUUGACCACCAUGGACAUCGUGCACGAUGGGUUCGGGUUCAUGUUGGCGUUUGGAGAUUUGGCGUGGGUGCCCUUCACGUACGGACUGCAGGCCAUGUUCCUGGUCAUCCAUCCGCAGACUCUCAGUCCACUCAGCGCGCUCGGAAUCAUACUUCUGAACGGAGUCGGAUAUUCUAUCUUCCGUAAGUCUAAUUCUCAGAAGAACCAGUUCAGGAGAGACCCGGCACACAAAAGCAUCGCACAUUUGGAGACUAUCGCCACGGCAACAGGAAAGCGUCUGUUAGUGUCCGGCUGGUGGGGCUUCGUCAGACACCCGAAUUACCUGGGGGACAUCCUGAUGGCGCUGGCCUGGUCGCUGCCCUGCGGUGUUUCUCACCUUCUGCCAUAUUUCUAUGUCGUUUAUUUUUCCAUCCUGCUGGUCCAUCGGGAGGCGCGAGACGAGCGGCAAUGCAGAGCCAAAUACGGCCUGGCCUGGGACACCUACUGCAGACGGGUUCCCUACAGGAUCAUCCCCUACAUCUACUGACCACACCUGGACCAUCAUCUACAGCUACUGACCACACCUGGACCAUCCCCUACAUCUACUGACCACACCUGGACCAUCAUCUACAGCUAUUGACCACACCUGGACCAUUCCCUACAUCUACUGACCAUACCUGGACCAUCCCCUACAUCUACUGACCAUACCUGGACCAUCAUCUACAUCUACUGACCACACCUGGACCAUCCCCUACAUCUACUGACCACACCUGGACCAUCAUCUACAUCUACUGACCACACCUGGACCAUCUCCUACAUCUACUGACCACACCUGGACCAUCAUCUACAGCUACUGACCACACCUGGACCAUCCCCUACAUCUACUGACCAUACCUGGACCAUCAUCUACAGCUACUUACCACACCUGGACCAUCCCCUAUAUCUACUGACCACAACUGGACCAUCAUCUACAGUUACUUACCACACCUGGACCAUCAUCUACAGCUACUGACCACAUCUGGACCAACAUCUACAGCUACUGACCACACCUGGACCAUCAUCUAAAUCUACUGACCACACCUGGACCAUCACCUACAUCUACUGACCACACACUGGACAGUCCAGUCCACAUUACUGAUGUGAAUGUAGACUAAGCCCAGGUCUAAACGUGGCUGGUUUAGGUGUCUGUUUUUAAGGGUUCCUCACUCUGGACACCAAACCAGCUUUAAAGAACAGUGAAAGAACUUAAAUGUUGCCGUUUUAUAUGUAAAUCAGGUCAGAUAUGAUUGACUGUGCUGUGUAGUUUAUACUGUAACACUGUCGACUUCUGUAACCUCAUCUUCUCUCACCUGUGCUUUUAACUGUCGCCUCCUGCAGCUCCUGCAGCUCAGAGUUCUCCUGCUCAGGAGUUCCUUACUGACCCGCUCAGUGUGAUCAGCUGUGAACACUUAAUCAGCGGUCACCUACAUCUACUGCCCACCACAGUCCAUCACAUCUGCUGGAUCAGGUUCUCCUUAAGGAGGAGCAGCACGUUAGACGCAGUCCGUGAAUGAUGGGAGGCGUAUUUUAAAUGUGCAUGAACUGCUCUUCCUGUUAUUGAGUUCAUUCACUCAGAGAUAUUAAUAAUCAGAAAUAUUAAUAAUAUAUUUUAAUAAUAUCAAAAUAUUACCAGACAAGAUCCAGAACUGACGGAGGAAGAAACAGGAAAAAGUCCUCCUUAGAAAAUUCGAUAACUGAGGGGUGACGGACGAGGAUGAGGAGCAGCGGCAGCGCUGAGAGAAGUUUAGACCAUCGGUUUUCAGGAAAAACACACGUUCUUUGAAUUAUUCUUAAGAAACCCUUGUGAAGUGACCCUGUGAAGUCCCACAACGGGGAAAUUUGAGGCCCCAGUGAGGAAAGAAAAUCAGAGAAUUCUUACGAUGUUUUUUUGAAGAACAAAUUCUCGUAACUUUUUUCUCAAGAAUGAAAUUAAAAGCACAUUUACGAAGAUUCCCCUUCUUAAGACACUGUCGUGGAUCCGGACGCUGGUUCUUUUUCUAACAUUCCGCUCUGCAGCUUUUCUGACUCUCCUGUUCUCUUAAUGAGAACCUGCUCUGCCAUAAAUUCACUGUAUGGUGGUGAUUACAGUCUCAGCUGGUCCUGAAAACAAACGGUACCUCAGAUUUUAGGAGAACUUGCUCAGUAAAUUACGCAAAUCAUACAAA